CGGAGUCCAUCAUGGCGUGGGCAUCGUUGAACAUAGUGUUACUUUUAAUAAUUGCUUUUGAUCCUGGCUUCUCAUUUUCAUUGGGUGGAGAAGAAAAUGUGUUAAAAUUUCCGACAGAGUAUAGCAUACGAGGAGAAAUUACAAAUCUAUUCACCGGUAUUAUAAAGCCGUUUGAAUUCUGGUACAGCGCCGAAUUGAACAUGUCUCGUAUAGACUAUUACGGAGGGAUGGUGAUGAACUAUUACAUCGCCGAAAGUGAAGAGGAUUAUGGUAGAGAAUAUGCGAUAUAUCCAAGGACCACAGAUGAAAUGACAAGUGAAAUUGUAUGCGAUGAAGACACUUGGGAAGGAGAACAAAAGAAUCUAAUGACCUCAAGUGAAAACUUUACAUAUUUUGGCGAAACAAUUUACAACGAUAAGAGUGUGCAAAUCUGGAAGUACAUAGAAACAGAUGGUGAUGAUAAUACUAAAGAAGAACAAACUAUAUACGCGUAUAAGAGCACGGAUGGAGACUAUGUACCAGUUUUAUACGAAUCGUUACGACAUAAUCUCUGGUCCGGUGCCUUGGAUAGUCACAUAAUAAUCCGUUACUUCAACUUCAGUCCACUUGAUGCGGGAGAAUUAAACCUAACUAACGUCGAAGCGUGUAAGGAUACCAUCAAGCGGGAGCACACUAAGCACAAAUUCAAUGAUCUUCAUGAACUUUCAACGGACGUCGAUGAUGCUUUUCUAAGUUUCAAAAUUCAGCACAAAAAGAAGUAUAAGGUGAACGAGCAUGAGAUGAGAAAGCAAAUAUUUAAAAAGAAUUUAAGACGCGUAUUAGAACAAAACCAGAAAAAUCUUAGCUACAAAUUAACAAUCAACAAAUUCUCUGACCUUACUGACGAUGAACUUGGGUACCUUUUUGCGACAAGACCCUCCGAUCCCCAUGAUUUGGGAUCAAUGCCCUUUCCUCAUACCAUAGAAGAGGUUGAAGAAAUAGCCCAGGAUUUGCCUGAGAAUUACGACAUGAGAGUCGAAGGCUUCAUCAGUUCUAUUAAAAAUCAAGGUUCAUGUGGUUCGUGCUGGGCAUUCGCAACCACGGCAGCAGUGGAGGGUGCGCUCGCCAGAAGCAAUGGAGCUCGCAACCUUGAUCUCAGCGAGCAGUCACUAGUCGACUGCGCUUGGGGAUAUGAUAACUAUGGCUGUAAAGGAGGAAUGUUGGACAGAGUUUUUAAGUAUGUCUUGAAACAUGGCAUUCCAACUGAGGAGGACUACGGCUUAUAUUUGGAAGAGAAUGGCUUCUGUGCGAUUGAUAACAUGACCGACGUAUACCGCAUCAGAGGAUUCGCUCAAGUAUCCGUGCUCAGCGUCAACGCUAUGAAGGUUGCUCUCUAUAAAUACGGCCCAGUGACUGUUGCUAUCAACUCGUCACCAAUAAUACAAUAUAGGAAUGGAAUUUUUUAUGAUCCUGAUUGCAACGAAGACCACUACAACCAUGCCGUGACCGUCGUAGGUUAUGGUGUUCGAGAUGGUGCUACGUAUUGGAUCGUGAAGAACUCCUGGGGGGAGGACUGGGGGGAAGACGGAUACGUGCUCAUCUCAGCUACCAACAAUAACUGUCAUAUAUUAGAAGAAGCCUAUUAUCCGAUUAUCUAGUCUGAUGAAAACGUUAAUGAAAAAUAUCGUUUGAUUUCGUUUAAAAUCAAACGAAUCCAAACGAUAAUUUUCAACUGCUUAUAGAGGAAGUUUUUUGUACUGUUCUAUCAAUUAAAGAUUAUGUUUGAUAAGUUAUAACAUUUAAUUUCGAAACACAAAACAAACACAUUUUAAAAUAUAAAGUACAAUGAAGAUAAGAUGCCAGGAAGGAAAAAAUUUGAUUAUCAAAUUUCUCUAUCAGCGUAUUUAGUGCGUUUUUUUUACUUAACCGAUAGCGAUUACGUUAAUUGCGAUCUAUAUGAAUUCCGAUUAUUGUCACCAGACGGCGCUGUUUUCAUUUCAAAACUCGCACUAGUUACGAUGGUAUGAUGUAUUUUUCAAAACAGAGAAGAAACCAUUUUUUUUUUGGAAAACGUAGUACAUUUUUCUGUCGUCAAAUUAUACAUUUACUAGAUGACUUCAGUACGUUAGCUAGCCUGUUUUAUGUUAUGUCAGAUUUUUUGUGUUAGAGACAUAUAUAAAAACUUUUGUUAUUAUGUAAUUAUAUAGCGUAAAUAAAUUCCUAGCGUGCAAU